UCUCAAGGCAUAUGCUAGUUACUGCUUUUAAAUUUUAAGGCACUUUGGUUUGAGAAAUAGUUCUAGUUUUGUUCCCAAUGACCAUAACCAAUUUGAAUUGUAUUCCCGUGCUGUUUACCUUUAUGUUGUUAUGUCAUGUACGGUAAGCCGUACACAAGGCACAGGCGCGCACGCGACAUCCGGCGGGCAGCAGAGCGCGCCAAAAGUGCAGCAGCGCCACAGAUGGCAGGCACUCAAGUUUAGGAAAGCAGCAGCCACUUAUGGCAAGGGAUAAAUAGGAAAGUAUCAAUUUAGCUCUUAUGGCAAGGAAUAAGUAGGAAAGUAGCAAUUUGGCACUUAUGGCAAGGAAUAAGUAGGAAAGUAGUAUUUUGGCAGGGAGGAUAAUUAGGGAGCUUGCUCCAUUUGUGUGGCCGCCGGCCCUAUAUAUCCCCAGGUGCGCAGCACUGUUGAGGGCAAUAAAGUAUCAAGUCAUUUCCCACCUCUCUCUCUCAAGCCUGCGGUUAGGAGGAAUACUCCUACCGGAGAAGACGGCCGAAGGCUACGAGUUACGUAGCCGAGGCCCGACGAGUCAAGGGUUCGACGCUCUUGACAGCUUGGUAUCCCGAGUCCGGAGAUCCUUGCCUCACCUAGUCCCGCCCACCGAUCCACUCACCACACCACCAUCCCCGACCACGCCCACUAGCGGUUCGCCAUCCUCCAUCCACAUGGCCGAGCCCACUUUAGCCGACGUCAUCGAGAUGAUGAAGGCCAUGCAGGCCGACAUCACCAGGCUGAAGGAGAAGUCCGAUUCCUCCUCCUCAAGCGGCGCCCAGCCCGAGCGUCAUCGCGACAUCGAUCGCCCGCCAAGGUUCCAGAAAUGGGACUUUCCACGGUUUGAUGGCAAGACCGAUCCACUCCUCUUCAUCAACAAAUGUGAGUCGUAUUUUCGACAGCAGCGUACGAUGGUGGAGGAGCAAGUGUGGAUGGCCUCGUAUAACCUCGAGGGCAUCGCACAGCACUGGUACAUACAACUACAGGAAGACGAGGGCACCCCAUCCUGGAGCAGAUUCAGGGAACUGCUCAACCUGCGCUUCGGGCCAGCCCUCCGUUCAGCGCCGUUCUUCGAGCUCACCGAGUGCCGACGCACCGGCACGGUCGAGGAGUACUCCAACCGAUUCCAGGAGCUCCUACCCCGUGCUGGCAGGAUGGCGGAGGAGCAACGCGUCCAACUCUACACCGGCGGCCUGCUGCCACCGCUCAGCCACGCAGUACGGAUACUCAACCCCGGCAACCUCAACACUGCUAUGAGCCUAGCGCGGCAGGUGGAGCAGAUGGAGCUAGCCAAGAUCCCGGCACCAGCCAAGACAGUGCCGCGCGGCAUCCUACCGCCGCCACCACCGCGGCCAGCGACCCAGGCGCUACCGGCGCCACAGGCCCCCUUGGCGCUGCCAGCACCGCCACUGGGCGCAGCAACGGGCCGUGGCGACGGCUCCAGGCGCUUAUCUCCAGAGGAGAUGGCGGAUCGGCGCCGCCAAGGCCUGUGUUUUAAUUGUAACGAGAAAUAUUCUCGUGGCCACAACCGUUUUUGCAGGCGCAUUUUCUUCUUGGAUGGCGUCGAAAUUGAGGAGGCCGAGGCGGAAACGGGUGCCGCGGAGACCGACGCUCCCUGUUUCUCCCUCCAGGCCGUGGCCGGGGUCGCGCCAGGGGACACCAUGCAGAUCGCCGUCACCCUCGGUUCGGUCUCCCUGGUGGCACUGCUCGACUCGGGAAGCACCCACAAUUUUAUAUCCGCAGCGGCGGCGCACCAGUCGGGCAUCCCCAUCCAGCGCCGACCCCGCCUCACGGCCAUGGUGGCCAAUGGCGAACAGAUCACCUGCGCGGGCGUCCUUCGCAAUGCGCCGCUCCACGUCAAGGGCGAAAUCUACCCGGCUGACCUCUUCGUCAUGCCAUUGGCCGGGUACGACGUCGUCCUCGGCACACGAUGGCUUGGGGCAUUGGGGCCAAUCGUGUGGAACCUCGCCAAUCGCCGCAUGACGUUCCAGCGCCAGGGGCGCUCCAUCUUUUGGACGGGCACGCCCAGCCCCAAGGAGCCCGCGCUGUGCGCCACCAACGGGACGGACGCCCUACUGGAGGCCCUUCUCGCCUCGUUCGGGGGGCUCUUCGCAGCUCCGAUGGGUUUGCCCCCCAAGCGCGCCCACGAUCAUCGCAUCCUCCUCAAGCCCGAUGCGUCACCGGUGGCUGUCCGGCCGUACCGCUACCCGGCUGCCCACAAGGACGAGCUGGAGCGGCAGUGCAACGCCAUGAUUGACCAGGGGAUCGUGCGACGCAGCGACUCCCCAUUCUCAUCGCCCGUGCUCCUGGUCAAGAAGCCCGAUGGCUCGUGGCGCUUCUGCGUCGACUACCGGGCCCUGAACGCCCUCACCAUCAAAGACGCGUUCCCCAUCCCGGUCGUGGAGGAGCUUCUCGACGAGCUCCACGGCGCCAAAUUCUUCACCAAACUGGAUCUACGGUCGGGCUAUCACCAGGUCCGGAUGCGGCCAGAAGACGUGCACAAGACCGCGUUCCGCACACACGAUGGCUUGUACGAGUUCCUCGUGAUGGCGUUCGGGCUCUGCAACGCCCCCGCCACGUUCCAGGCACUGAUGAAUGACGUGCUCCGGCCAUUCCUCCGAAGGUUCGUCCUGGUAUUCUUUGAUGACAUCCUAAUUUACAGCAGCACGUGGGCCGAUCACCUCCGCCAUCUACGGGCCGUCCUCGAUGAGCUACAACGCCAUCAGUUGUUCAUCAAGCGUUCGAAGUGUUCUUUCGGAGCACCAUCUGUCGCCUACCUCGGCCACAUCAUCUCGGGCUCUCGGCCGCAGGGGUGGCUAUGGACCCAGCCAAGGUGGCUGCCAUUCACGACUGGCCGCCGCCGCGCACGGUCCGGGCCGUUCGAGGGUUCCUCGGCCUCACCGGGUACUACCGCCGCUUCGUCCACAACUACGGCACGGUGGCUGCCCCCUUAACGGCCCUCCUCAAAAAGGAUGGCUUCGUCUGGGAUGACGCGGCCAUGGCUGCCUUUACGGCGCUCAAGGCAGCCGUGUCGUCCGCCCCUGUCCUCGCCAUGCCAGACUUCGGCAAGCGGUUCGUGGUGGAGUGCGAUGCGUCCUCCGCAGGUUUCGGUGGGGUGCUCGUCCAGGAGGGACACCCGGUCGCGUUCUUCAGCCGACCUAUUGCACCCCGCCACCGCGACCUCGCCGCCUACGAGCGCGAACUUAUCGGCCUGGUCCAGGCCGUCCGGCACUGGCGGCCGUACCUAUGGGGACGGCACUUCAUCGUCAAGACGGAUCACUUCAGUCUCAAGUAUCUCCUCGACCAGCGGUUGGCCACGAUUCCCCAACACCAUUGGGUGGGCAAACUUCUGGGAGUCGACUUUACGGUCGAAUACCGCUCGGGCGCCACGAACACCGUCGCCGACGCACUAUCCAGGAGGGACCCCGACGAGGGCACGCUGAUGGCCAUUUCAGCACCCCGUUUCGACUUCAUCGAGCGCCUGCGCCAGGCACAGGCUACGGAUCCGGCCCUCGUCGCCAUCUACGAAGAGAUCCGCGCAGGCACGCGCGCAGCACCAUGGUCCAUCAUCGGUGGGAUGGUCGCCAUGGAGGGGCGCCUCUAUAUCCCAGCCACUUCACCCCUACUACGGGAGAUCGUGGCCACUGUACACGAUGACGGCCACGAAGGCGUCCACCGCACCCUGCAUCGACUACGGCGCGACUUUCAUUUUCCCAACAUGCGUCGUAUUGUGCAGGAAUUCGUCAGGGCGUGCGGAACGUGCCAAACAUACAAGUCAGAUCACCUACGUCCGGCUGGUCUCCUACAACCCCUGCCAAUCCCAGAUGGGGUGUGGUCGGACAUCGGCAUAGACUUCAUCGAAGCUCUGCCCCGCGUGCAAGGCAAGACGGUCAUUCUCACCGUCGUCGACCGUUUCAGCAAGUACUGCCACUUCAUCCCGCUGGCGCACCCAUACACGGCGGAGCCAGGCGACCCACCGACCAUCCGGUCCUACGAGCCGGGUGACGCACGCGUGCCCGCGGUGGCGCAGGAGAUGGACGAACGGGCCGCCUUCCUCGACGACGUUCGCUACCGUCUCCAUCAGGCGCAAGUAUCCCAGAAACGCGCCUACGAUCAACAUCACAGGCAGGUCGUCUACAACGUCGGUGACUGGGCCCUUCUUCGUCUCCGUCAACGACCAUCGGCAUCCCUGCCACGUUCCACCACAGGCAAGUUGAAGCCCCGUUAUGUCGGCCCCUACCGUGUCAAGGAGAUCAUCAACGAGGCGGCCGUACGCCUACAGCUUCCAUCCGACGCCAAAAUCCACGACGUCUUCCAUGUGGGCAUCCUUAAGAAGUUCGUUGGGGCGCCACCAACGGAACCACCUGCGCUCCCGGCCACACUCAACGGCGCAGUGGUGUCCACACCUUCCCGUGUCUUGGCGGGUCGCCUGGCUCGCGGCAUUCGGCAAAUUUUGAUACAGUGGCACGGUGAACCAGUGACGUCUGCGACCUGGGAGGAUUUCGAGGAUUUCCGGGCAACCUUCCCCACUUUCCAGCUCGAGGACGAGCUGACUUUCGAGGCCGGGAGAGAUGUCAUGUACGGUAAGCCGUACACAAGGCGCAGGCGCGCACGCGACAUCCGGCGGGCAGCAGAGCGCGCCAAAAGUGCAGCAGCGCCACAGAUGGCAGGCACUCAAGUUUAGGAAAGCAGCAGCCACUUAUGGCAAGGGAUAAAUAGGAAAGUAUCAAUUUAGCUCUUAUGGCAAGGAAUAAGUAGGAAAGUAGCAAUUUGGCACUUAUGGCAAGGAAUAAGUAGGAAAGUAGUAUUUUGGCAGGGAGGAUAAUUAGGGAGCUUGCUCCAUUUGUGUGGCCGUCGGCCCUAUAUAUCCCCAGGUGCGCAGCACUGUUGAGGGCAAUAAAGUAUCAAGUCAUUUCCCACCUCUCUCUCUCAAGCCUGCGGUUAGGAGGAAUACUCCUACCGGAGAAGACGGCCGAAGGCUACGAGUUACGUAGCCGAGGCCCGACGAGUCAAGGGUUCGACGCUCUUGACAUGUUAUGUGUUGUUUUUAAAACAUGUAGCAAUUUGUUUGUAGCGAGUUUAACCCUAGUCCCUACUAAUAUAAAGGAGUUUCUCCAUGCGUCUUUGGUAAUUUUGAGAACCCUCCUCAAUUUUUCUUCAUUCAACCCGUGGUUCUCUGCUCCGCUUGCCUUGUGCCGAUCUGUCGUUCCCCUUCCUAUCUCCUCCCAGUGCCUCCUUCUCUCGCCCUCUUCUUGCAGGAUUGAGAGCACCUAGAGGGGGUGGGGGUGAAUAGGUGAUCCUGCAAAAUAUGACUUAAGACACACAAACUUGGUCUAAAAGUUAGAGUUAGUGCAAAUUAAACCAAGUUUGAGAGGAGAGAAGAGAGAGGUUCCCUUCACUUGAUUGCUCUAUCAAGAUAUGAAUUAGACUUAGAGCAAUAUCACAAGUGAGAAUAGAGAACUUUAGGAAGAUGGAAAAUCACAGUAAAGUAAUUGACACAAGAGACACGACGAUUUUUAUCCCGUAGUUUGGUCAAGCGUAAUAUGCUUGCCUACUGCACGUUGUGGUGUCCCAAUGGACGAGUGUUGCACUCAACCCCUCUCAAGUGAUCCAAGAUCAAACUUGAGUACCACAGUUCUUCCUUAUAUCUCAAAAUCCUGUUUGUGAGGAAUCUCUAGAAUCUGGAGUCUCUCACAGCCUUACACAAUGAUCACAAUCAAAACCGGAGUAAGGAAGGGAGAGAUAACACACACAAGAGCAAAUCACAACAACACACACAAGAGAUGCAAUGACAAGAGCGCAAGAACAGACUGACGGAGUUAGAACUCAAAAAUAGCGCUCAAAUACCUCUAGAAUCACUUGGAGGCGUGGUGUUGUGCAACUCUUGAGGUGCUUGGUACUGCUCCAAGGCGCCUAGGGGUCCCUUUUAUAGCCCCAAGUGGCCUAGGAGCCAUUGGCUUCUCCAAAUGGAAGCCACAAACUUGCCUUGUCUGCGGGCGCACCGGACAGUCCGACAGUAACGGUCGGCUGACGAUCUGAUUGUUCCGGGCGCAGCACCGGACAGUCCGGUGUGCACCGGACACCCGCCAUGUCAGCUAGCCGUUGGCGCGCGUUGGGGGGGGGCAACCGUUGGAGCCGAUGUCCGGUGCACCGGUAGUGCACUGUUCACUGUCCGGUGAAUUUUAUAAUUAAAAUUCCCGAGACCAGCGAGUUCGUCCGUACGCGGCACUGGACAGUCCGGUGGGUCCCAGACUGGCCUCCAACUUCUUUUGACUCUUCUUGAGAGGUUCCCUAGCACUUAGACAAACAUAGUUAGCACAUAAAACAAUUGACUAAGUGUUGGGACCAUACCUUUUUCACUCAUUUCCUCUAGGAUUUGUAAUAUACCUCAACCAAGCCUAAAAAGCACUUUUCUUGCAAAACUGAGUUAGUAGCCAAAACAAAGUGCUAGAAAUAUAUAGUAGGGUAUGUGUAACUUAUCCAAACACUUAAACCUCAUGUUUAUGUUGGUUUGCUCAAAGUUGCACUUUUGGCCCUCCAAUUCAACUCAUUUGGAAUUGGUGUCUUCAAUUUGCCUUUUCUAAACCUGUGCUCAUGCUCAUAUAAAUGGAGUUAGCUCAAGGUGGUGUGUUGAGCAUUUAAUCACCAAAACAACUAGAAAUGGCCCAAGGGCACAUUUCCCUUUCAAGGAUACGAUCGCCAUGGCCCUCCUCGGCGGUGAUCUCGAAUGCGGUCUCAGUCUUCCUAGCCAUGUCGCGCACCAUGGCCGUGCUGGCCACACCGUGCGAUACGAGACCCGCGACCGCCUCGUUGUCGUGCCACGCCACGACGUGGAGUGCGGUGGCACCGUCGUGCCGCACCUUGCGUUGGCCCUCGCACCCCCCGUUAGAAGCGCCUUGACUGUGUCUUGCUGCCCCGCCUCCGCCUCUACCCGUAGAGGAGUCUUGUCGUCCCUCCUUGCCACGUCGAUACAUGUUAAAGAAGACAAAAAGGACGCAGAUGUGGACGAGGCGGGAGAAGCAGAGGCGGGCUUGCCAAGAAGUAGCUUCAUGAUGUCAUUGUGGCUGGCGGCAGUGGCCACGUGGAUGGCGUUGGAGCCGACGGGCAUCGCGCCGUUGGCGAGGAGCUGAACGAUGAGGCACUCGCCAGAGGCGGUGGCGGUCUCGAGGGGUGUCCGACUAUGACUCGGUUUGUUAGCAUCGACACCGUACUCAAGUAGCACCUGAACGAUGUCGGCACGGCCCAGACUGGCGGCUAGGUCGAACAGUGUGUGGCCAGACUCGUUCGUGGCGUCCACAGCAUGCCACUCGGGCUCAUUGAGCGCCUCGACCGUGCCGACCUCAACAAGCCACGCGGCCAUGGAUGUUCCCACGAAGCUCGCCCUGAUUCUCCUGUCCACGAACACCUGCUUCCUCCUCGCAGAGAACCAUUUCGGGUUGAUCGAGUCCAGUGCCUUCACAGGCUCCUUCACCGCGACGUCGGGCGCGACCACGAUGUGUAGCAGACACGCGUCCUCGUCCUAGCUCGCUCCUGACCUGUUGGGCUUCUAUGGAGGCGCGGAGGCCAGGUACAACACCUCCAUGGUGAGCGCCGUGAGCAGCGCCAUGGGCUUCUAUGUGGGCGAACCACUAAGCGCCCACACACCACUGGGCAAUGGCUACAGCCUGAAUGCCACCGACAUGGUGUGCAUCACAUUCCUCAGCAUCAGCUCCCCCCUCGCCUGCCUCCUGGGCUCCACUCGAACCAUCACCUCGUUCACGGCUCAGGUAUGACCAACCGAUCCAUGCCGUCCUGCUUUGUUGUCUUCUUGUCUUCUCACGCCAAAGCUUGCCGAGCGAGAGUCCCAACAGCUGAGCAAAGUGCCCGGACAUCUGCGCCAACGUCAUCACCAGCUACUCUCCCACCAUCCUUUGCAUCUAGCAAGG